AUGCCUCCGAAAAAACGGGGCUCCACAACACCGGCCAACAAGGAAACAAACUCGAGCACGAAAAAGACCUCUCCGGACAAGAAGGAAAAUUCCAUUGUUUGCAUUGAAAACCACAAGGAGAAGGAUACAGAUUUUGUUAUACUUUGUAAGGAGCUCCUGGUGCCAAAUUUACUGUGUAACCAUGCAUGGUCAGUGUGGAGCUCAGUGUCACAGGUGCUGGGGAAAGAUUCGGAUAUGAACAGAAAGCUAUGGGGGGCAUGCCUGUUCAUUGCAGUGACAGAGUUCGAUAUGCCCUGUUUCACCUUAACAGAUCUCCUUAAAGCUGUGGGGAUGAAUGUGAAACAGUUCCUUAAUGUGGUGAGAAAAAUGGACGUUAAUGUGGAUACAAUAAGUCCUAAAGUGAACACUGCUUUGACCAGGCUGGAGAAGAAAUAUGACGUUUCACUGGCCCUCUAUCAAAGAUUUGUCAAAACUUGCAGUAAUAUCUACACUGAAUCAAACGAUGAGGAGGUUAAGAGAAUUUUGCAGAGCAGCUGGACAAUGUUCCUGUUAGCUAAAGGAAACGUUCUGCAGAUGGGAGAUGACCUGGUCAUUGCCUUCCAGCUACUGCUGUGUGUUUUAGAGUUCUUUACCAAGCGCUGUGUCUCCUCUCUGCUCCAGCCACAGUACAAGUCUUCAGUCAGUGCCACUACCCAGAGUCCACCGGUACGGACAUCCAGGCGUAACCAUGGUAAAGCCAAGCCACGCCCACCGGAGAUGGACAUGCAGUUGAUAGAGGUUCUUUGCAAAGAGAAUGACUGCAGUGUGGAUGAGGUGAAAAAUGUUUACCAAACCAGUUUCUCUGCUUUCCUGGACCACAUGGGUUUGUCUGGGUCCCAGGAACUGCCAGACGUGGAGGAUAUCUCUAAACAGUAUGAAGAAUUAUAUCUGAAAAACAAAGACUUUGAUGCUAGAUUGUUCCUGGUUAGCGAUAAAACUCUUACCCCCAACAAAGUGGAUUUAACAAACGUGGAGAUGACCCCUAAGAAAAACCAGUCAGGACAGGAGCACAUUCUCAUUCCUCCACAUACACCAAUCAGAGCCGCAAUGAACUCAAUUCAGCAGCUGAGGUUUGACUUGAAUUCAGCCCAGGAUCAACCCUCUGACGUCCUUUGUGGGUAUUUUAAGAACUGCACCGUGGACCCAUCAGAGGAGAUAGCCAAGCGAGUGGACCAGCUGGGCCAGGUGUUCAGCUGCAGGUUUGCCCAGGCCGUGGGGCAAGGCUGUGUGGGUCUGGGCAAGCAGCGUUUUUGUCUGGGCGUACGGCUCUACUACAGAGUCAUGGAGGCAAUGCUGAAAUCGGAGGAGAAGAGACUGUCAGAUAAAAACUUCAGUAAACUCCUGAACAGUUCUGCAUUCCACACUUCUCUCCUGGCCUGUGCCCUCGAGGUCAUCAUGGCUACAUAUGUCGGGAGCACCUUUAAGAAUGGGGAUUUUGGCAGCAGUGCUUUUGAUGGCACUAGUGUGGAAACAGACCUGUGCUUCCCCUGGAUCUUGGAUGUCUUCCAACUACCUGCAUUUGACUUCUACAAAGUGAUUGAGAGCUUCAUCAAAGCAGAGCCCUCUCUGAGCCGAGACAUGAUCAAACACCUGGAGCGCUGCGAACAUCUGAUCAUGGAGCACCUUGCCUGGAGAGGGGAUUCGCCGAUGUUUGAGUUGCUGCAACAGUCGCAUGAAGAGGGUCCUGUGGAGCAGGCAGAGCCCCCCGCCACCCUCAACCAACCCCUGAAACACAACCACACUGCCGCUGAUCUAUACCUCUCCCCAGUGCGGCCUACCCGGCAGACCCCUGCCACAGCCUGUGACAGCCCAGUUGUUACACAGCCCCAGGCCCAAAUGCCAAAACCUUUCAAAUCCAACUCACUCAGCCUCUUCUACAAGAAAUUGUAUAGGAUGGCUUACAUUCGCCUGAACAAGCUGUUCUCUGCUCUACUGAGUGAUCGGCCUGAGCUGGAGCCUGUCAUAUGGACCUUGCUGGAGCACACCAUGCAGAACGAAUAUGAGCUACUCAGAGAUCGCCAUUUAGACCAGCUGAUGAUGUCAGCCAUGUAUGCGAUAUGUAAGGUGAAGAAUGUCGACCUGCGCUUCAAGACGAUCGUCACAGCCUACAAAGACCUGCCAAACACCAGUCAAGAGACCUUCAAGCGUGUGUUGAUCAGGGAGGGGCAGUAUGACUCCAUCAUCGUCUUCUACAAUCUUGUGUUCAUCCAGAAACUGAAGACCAUCAUUCUGCAGUAUUCCUCACCUCGGCCACCACCCCUGUCCCCAAUACCUCACAUCCCCUGCAGCCCUGGCUACAAAUACCCCAACUCUCCCCUGCGCCUACCCGUCAGCAACAACGUCUAUAUCUCCCCUCUUAAGAGUAACCGCAUGUCCCCGGGGGUCAUGACCCCACGAUCCAGGUUUCUUGUUUCGAUUGGAGAGUCUUUUGGAACGGGCGAUAAAUUCCUGAAGAUUAAUCAAAUGAUGAGCAGUUCUGACUGGUCACUGAAAAGGAGUUCAGAAGGAGGCUCUGGGCCCAAACCAUUAAAGAGAUUGCGCUUUGACACUGAUGGACAGGACGAAGCUGAUGGAAGCAAACCCAGCAGUGAGUCUACGCUGAUCCAGAAGUUGACAGAGAUGAGGUCAGCACGGAGCCGCAUGCAGGAGCAGAAGAUGAAGGAGGAAUCCAAGACCGAGGACACGGAACCAUAA